AUGCGACGGGAGUAUAAGGAUGCGACAGCUGGCUCGGUGUGUUUUCUUUGCAUCCAACAUGGCACCCAACGAGCUGGUUGUCUCCUCGGCCCUCCUUGGUCAACCACCUCUACUUCCACCGUUUCGAGCCGCAGAACGCUCACUACCCCCCUCUUCGCCGUCCUCCUUCAGCCCAUUCUCCUUGUUUCUGCCCUCCACACGCUUUCCGUGCUAAAUGUACUGGCGUCAGAGGCGAUCGUAAUCUCGACACUCUUCGCAUCUAUUGCAAUUUACCGCGCCGGGCCAUGGCAUCCGCUCGCCCAUGUCCCCGGACCCUUCGCAGCCCGCAUCAGCAAGUACUGGUCAUUCAAACUGCUCCUCAGUGGCGAAAAACAUCGCGUUCUGAAAGAGCUCCACGACAAGUAUGGCGAUGUUGUCCGCACUGGCCCGAAUGAGGUGUCAAUGGUUCAUGCUGACGCAAUCCGAGAGGUUUUCGGAACCGGGGGCUUCCAGAAGGGACCGUUCUACGAGCCCUGGUCUGACCCGACACUCCCCACCAAGGCCCUUCUUAACCUUCGUGGAGAUGCUCAUGCCAACCGUCGUCGUAUCUGGAAUCGCGGCAUGAACUCGGAAGGCUUGAAGGGUUUCGAGCAGGUCUUGGCCAAGCGCCUCGUUAUCAUGCUCAGUCAAUUCGACAAGAUGGUCAAGGAAGGAAAUGGCAAGGCCACAGUCGAUUUGGCUGCAUGGUUCAGCUACCUGACGUUCGACUUCAUGGGCGAUCUUGCCUUCGGUGGUGGAUUUGACAUGUUGCGCGACGGAGGCGACAAGAAUGGUCUCUGGGCAAUCAUUAAGCAGGGUGCCAAGGCAACUGCCAUUAUUGCACAAACACCAUGGGUCGUCCCCACCUUCAACAUGAUUCCUGGUGCCAACUUCAUCAUGGACCGUCUCCGCCGUUUCGCUAUGGAAAGUGCAUCUGCUCGUGUCAAGGCCGGCACUGGGGAAAGCAAGGACUUGUGGUACCAUCUCAUGGACGAGGACAACCAUGAGAAGGUCAAGCCCCCGCUCCAUGACGUCUUGGUCGACGGUGUCUUAGUUAUUGUCGCCGGAUCGGAUACCUCGUCUGUUGCGCUCAGCUACUUCAUCUACCAGAUGAUGUGCCACCCUGAACUCUACGCCCGGGCUCAAGCUGAAGUCGACUCCGUUUAUCCUGAUGCCGAAUCCGCUCUAGACUCCGGUCGCCACGACGAGCUCAAGUUCCUCACUGCCUGCAUCCAAGAAUCCCUCCGCCUUUUCCCUCCCGUUCCAACUGGUGGUCCCCGUAAAAUUCCGGCUGGUGACGCCAAGAUCAUCGCAGGCAAGCUGAUACCCGCUGAAACCCAAAUCUACGUGCCCGCCUAUGUCAUCCACCGCAGCCCGAAGAACUUCUCCCCCGGCCCGGACAACUACGACCCCGAACGCUGGCUGCGCUCCUCUUCUGACAAGGAGACACUCAACCAUGCCGCCUUUAUGUCUUUCUCGUACGGUGCCGCCAACUGUGCCGCCAAGCAUCUUGCCUGGCGCGAACUCCUCAUGGCCACGAGUGCGCUGCUCAAGCGGUACAACAUGAAAUUCGUCGCCCCCGAAUCCAAGACGGGCAAAGACUGGGAGAGCACAAUGAAGGACUUCUUCGUCACGGAGACCGGUGGCUUGAUGAUUGAGUUGACCACGCGGUAG